GCAAAACCCAUGUUCUAAAUUAGGUCGUACCAAUCAAUGUAGAUACCUAGCUUACGCUGCCCUCCACCUAAACCUGGACUUGACCUGGGAGACAGAUAAUCUCCAUCCAGCAGCAGCACUUCGGCUACUCCUGCUCCUAUUCCAUCAUUCGACAUUUGUCGACGGACAACACCCUCGUCCUGUGUGUUUUUCUUCUUUCUCGUGGAGAGGUACUAUGACCGACUUGCCCUCAGUCUGACUAUUCUUCACUUCUAUUCCAUUCGUGCCACACUCGUUAAUUGUACCCUUUUUCUAACAGCUUUCUCGAGGCCUACUAUAGGUACUUUAGUAUAGCCCUCCCUGUAUACCAUUUACCCGCAUCGUUCUCUGGAUUCGAUCGCCCCGUCGUCCAAUCCCCUUCUACCAACUGACGAAGAACCCGGAUGGCGGACAAGGGCGCCGCAGUCGCCUCGGGCGCUGACCCGAGCGGCGACGUCGCUCGUCGACGAAAUGUACCCGGCUCAACCGCUCCUGGAGUCGACAUAGUUCAGCCGCAGCCUGACGAGAAGAAGAUACAUGGAGCGAAGAAGAGCCCUUCGGUUCUUCAGAUCCUUGACGAAUGGGAGUUCUUAAUUGCCCCCUUGAUCUUUACCGCCCUUGCCGUCUUCACGCGCCUGUGGAAGAUCGGCCUCAGCCCUAUUGUCACUUGGGAUGAAGCCCACUUUGGAAAAUUCGGAUCGCACUACAUCAAACGCGAACUGUUCUUCGACGUCCAUCCUCCUCUCGGCAAGAUUCUUGUUGGCCUCUCCGGUGUAUUAGCAGGGUAUAAUGGCUCCUUCGAGUUCAAGUCUGGCGAGACAUACCCCGCGGAACUCGACUAUACCUUCAUGCGAGCUUUCAACGCCUUCUGGGGUAUACUAUGUGUACCCCUCGCCUACUUCACGGCCAAAGAACUGAACUUCAAGCGUCCCGCUGUCUGGUUGGUUACACUCAUGGUUCUUUGUGAGAAUUCGUACACGACCAUCAGCCGCUUCAUCCUGCUCGACUCUAUGUUGCUUUUCGGCACUGUAGCUACGGUCUUCUGCUGGUCCAAGUUUCACCGCCAACAGAAGGAAAGCUUUGAGCCGGAGUGGUUCUUCUGGCUGUUCAUGACUGGGCUUAGCUUGGGUUUUGUUUGCAGCAUUAAGCUAGUCGGACUUUUCGUGACUGCGAUGGUUGGCCUCUACACCGUUGAAGAUUUGUGGAACAAGUUUGGUAACCCCAAGAUAUCCUACCCUGUCCUCGUCGCUCAUCUCAGCGCCCGCGUCGUCGGUCUCAUUGUUAUCCCCUUCUUGGUGUACUUGUUCUCCUUCGCUCUUCAUUUCGCCAUCUUGACAAGAAGCGGACCUGGUGAUGCCCAGAUGAGCUCGCUGUUCCAAGCAAACCUCCAGGGUAGCGACAUUGGCCGCAACUCCCCUCUAGAAGUGGCUUGGGGCUCCAAGGUGACGCUAAAGAAUAUGGGUUACGGUGGAGGUCUUCUUCACAGCCACGUUCAGACUUAUCCCGAAGGCUCCACCCAGCAACAAGUUACAUGCUACCACCAUAAAGAUGCAAACAACGAAUGGUGGUUUUACCCAAACCGUUCAGUACCUGACUGGACUCCUGAGUCGGAACCUCAUCUCAUCGAAAAUGGUGAAACUGUUCGUCUCAUCCACGCACAAACUGGACGUAACCUCCAUAGUCACGAUAUCUCUGCACCCGUCACUAAGAGCCAGAAGGAGGUCUCUUGCUACGGAAACCUAACGAUUGGCGAUGAUAAGGAUCAUUGGAAGGUCGAGAUUGUCAAGGAUGUGUCAUCACGUGAUAAGAGCAAGCUGCGAACGUUGACUACGGCGUUCCGAUUAAAGAAUGCUGUCAUGGGAUGCUAUCUUCGAGCUGCUAACGUCAAUUUGCCACAAUGGGGUUUCAAACAGAUCGAAGUGACCUGUGAUAAGAAGAACAAUCCGAAGGAUACCUUUACCCACUGGAACGUUGAGGCUCAUACCAAUGAGAAGCUACCCCCUGGAGACCCUGGUAAAUACAAGUCACCAUUCUUCCACGAUUUCAUUCACCUGAACGUGGCUAUGAUGACAUCCAACAACGCAUUGGUGCCAGACCCUGAUAAACAAGAUGAUCUCGCAUCACAAUGGUGGCAAUGGCCGAUUCUCAACGUUGGUCUACGCAUGUGCGGUUGGGACGAUAAGAUUGUCAAAUACUUCUUGCUUGGAAACCCAUUUGUCUACUGGGUCUCAACAGCUUCUCUGGGCAUGGUUGGCCUCGUUACCGUUUGGUAUAUUCUUAGGUGGCAACGUGGGUUUAAGGAUCUUACCCAAGACGAGGUUGACCAGAUUCACUACUCUGGCAUCUACCCCGUCAUCGGCUGGUUCCUUCACUACCUCCCAUUCGUCAUCAUGGCACGUGUGACCUACGUGCAUCACUACUAUCCCGCCCUCUAUUUCGCCAUCCUAUCAUUAGGCUUCCUCGUCGACUUCACGCUGAGAAAACAGCAAAAGGCGAUACAGUGGACUAUUUACAGCGUCCUGUAUGCUAUUAUCAUCGGCCUCUAUGUCUACUUUAUUCCUAUCUGCUGGGGUAUGACGGGCAGCAACCAGCAGUACAAGUACAUGAAGUGGUUCGAUACUUGGAGAAUCUCUGAUUAGAGUGUAUCUUGGGCGAAUCACCCUCGAUUGAUCUGAUACAGCUCUUGAAUGGUUUAUCGGUCUGAUUGUAUUCUGAUAUGAAAACCUAGACAGGCUGUUAUCUGCAUGUACCACUAUAACCACUGCUCGGGACUGUCGAAGAGAUAUGCCUUUUGUAUCUGUAUCCCUUCUAUCCAUCCCUCUCUUCCCUCCCUCCAAAAUAUUAAUGCAUUUUUUUCUUCUUUUCCUCUUUUUCUCAAAUGUAAUAAUGACAUUAAAACUCGGGGGGCUAAGCUAAACUUUUUGUUUUUUUCCUUACAAAAACUGUCAUCUUUGCAUGGAAAAAACUGGACAGAUAUGAAAGGGGGGAUGGAAAGGGGGUAUGGAGGAGUUCACGGUAAAGAAAGACUGGUUUGAUAUAUCAGCUAUUAUCAACGUGGGGCUAGCUAUCGUUAGUAAGUAGAAGAAGAAAAAGAAAAUUAUUACCUCGAUAGUGAGCUUUCCCGCUAUGGAGAGGAAAUAUUUAUCGGAAAUGGAGGUGAAAGUGAUCUGGAUGGGAGAGAGGAAGAAGGAAGGUACGGUGUGAUUAAUAUAAUAUAAAAGAAAAGAAAAAGAAAAGAAAAGAGGACGUAUUAAUGUUGAGAGGAGUAUGUGUAGGUGAGUAUGUACGUUUCAUGAUGGAAACGAUUGAUGUUUUCAUCUUUAAUAGGUAAGUAUGUGGUGAUAUUGGUA